AAAUCGUUCUGGCUUCUCUGCCCCCCGAAUAUAAAUACAAUCUAAAAGGACAAAACUAAAAUUUAAAGGAAAAAAAGAGAGAGGGGCAAGGGAUCUCGAUUUCAAUCUCGUUCUCUCCGGCAGCACCGUCUACUUGUUUCCGGUGAGAUCUCGACGUUGGAUCUGAUCUCGACCCGUUCCAUAGCAUCUCACUGAACUAGAUCCGAUUAACCAUGGCUCCAGUUUCAGCUCUGGCCAAAUACAAGCUGGUUUUCUUGGGGGAUCAAUCUGUUGGGAAGACCAGUAUCAUCACUCGCUUCAUGUACGAUAAAUUCGAUAACACCUACCAGGCUACCAUUGGAAUUGACUUUUUAUCGAAAACAAUGUACCUUGAAGAUCGAACAGUUCGAUUGCAGCUUUGGGAUACUGCUGGGCAGGAAAGAUUCAGGAGUCUUAUACCAAGUUAUAUUAGGGAUUCCUCUGUGGCAGUCAUUGUCUAUGAUGUUGCAAGCAGGCAGUCAUUCCAAAAUACUUCAAAGUGGAUUGAAGAGGUGCGGACUGAACGGGGUAGUGAUGUUAUCAUUGUGCUUGUUGGGAACAAAACGGAUCUUGUGGACAAAAGGCAAGUCUCAAUAGAGGAAGCAGAAGCCAAGGCUCGUGAUCUCCAUGUUAUGUUUAUUGAAACUAGUGCCAAGGCUGGCUUCAAUAUCAAGGCUUUGUUUCGGAAGAUUGCAGCUGCUUUGCCUGGAAUGGAAACCCUUUCUUCAACAAAGCAAGAAGACAUGGUUGAUGUCAAUCUCAAGUCUACCAACGCUAAUGCAUCACAGUCGCAGCAACAGUCUGGAGGAUGCGCUUGUUGAUAUGAACAUCCUGAUCUGAGCUCAUCUUUUCGACAUUUCUUUUACGCUUCUGAGAUCCUGCAAAGUGAUUGUAAAAAAUCUAUCCUCCCCCCUUUUUAUGCUGUAUUGGGCUUUUUGGAUUUGGUAUGUUUAAGCAUAUACAACUUCACAGAGAUUUGUUAUGGUAGUUAGGCUAGCCCUAACCUGUCCUAUAUGUGUAAGGUUCUUGUGAUCUCAAAAAACUGGGCCAAAAUUUAUGGUAGUAAUAGUCAUCAUGGUUUUGUUUUUGAAAGUUUAGUCAAAUAAAUAGUGGAUUUGCUCUAAACCAUGUAAAGAAUGUUUAGCUUCACAUUAAGAAAUUUUCCUUGUCCA